CGUGCUGUUGUUGCCAUCAGAUCAGUUUUGUGAGAUUCAAAUUGACAACUCUUUGAAUUGAUCUGCAGGUUCUCGUGGUAAUUCUGUAGUUGUUUUUUUUUCGAGUUCUUGUGUGGGGCGAAGCGAAGCAGAUGGCGUGGUCGAGGAUUGCGAGGGGCUCGCAGCUCACGCAGCCGCUCUCGAGGAUUCUCGCCGAGGGCAACGCGGCCGCCACCCCGGCGGCGUACGCGCUGCGCAAUGCGGCGGCGCUGGGCCAGCGCGCCUCGUCGGCGUCGGCGUCGUCGUCGUUCCACAGCCUCGCGUUGGCGGGGCUUGCUGACAAGUACGCGGCCGGCGCUGCCGGGCGGCUCCAGCCGAGCAGGGGGAUCAGCACGACGUCACCUGCGCUGCGCCCCGCGGCGGAGGCGGCGGCGAGGGUGGUGGAGUGCUCGGACGCCGCCGACGAGGCGGCGGCGGCGGCGGCGGUGCCGGACCUCGGGCCCACGCGGCCGGGGGAGAAGCCGCGCGUGGUGGUGCUCGGGACGGGGUGGGCGGCGUGCAGGUUCCUCAAGGACGUGGACACGCGCGCCUACGACGUGGUGUGCAUCUCGCCGCGGAACCACAUGGUGUUCACGCCGCUGCUGGCGUCGACGUGCGUCGGCACGCUGGAGUUCCGGUCCGUCGUGGAGCCCGUCAGCCGCAUCCAGUCGGCGCUCGCCACCCGCCCGGGCUCCUACUUCUUCCUCGCCUCCUGCACCGGCAUCGACACGGGGCGGCACGAGGUGCACUGCACGGCGGCGGACGGCGACGGGCUCCCCGCCAACCCGUACAACUUCAAGGUGUCGUACGACAAGCUGGUGAUCGCCAGCGGCUCCGAGCCGCUCACCUUCGGCAUCAAGGGCGUCGCCGAGAACGCCAUCUUCCUCCGCGAGGUCAGCCACGCGCAGGAGAUCCGCCGCAAGCUGCUCACCAACCUCAUGCUCUCCGAGAAUCCAGGCUUGUCGGAGGAAGAGAAGAAGCGCCUCCUGCACUGCGUCGUCGUCGGCGGGGGUCCGACCGGGGUGGAGUUCAGCGGCGAGCUCAGCGACUUCAUCACCCGCGACGUGCGGGAGAGGUACGCUCACGUCAAGGACUACGUCAAGGUCACCCUCAUCGAGGCCAACGAGAUCCUCUCCUCCUUCGACGUCGGGCUGCGCCAGUACGCCACGGACCACCUCUCCAAGUACGGCGUGAACCUGGUGCGCGGCGUGGUGAAGGAGGUGAAGCCGAGGGAGAUCGAGCUGAGCGACGGGAGCCGCGUGCCGUACGGCGUCCUGGUGUGGUCGACGGGCGUGGGGCCGUCGGAGUUCGUGAGAUCGCUGCCGCUCCCCAAGUCCCCCGGCGGGAGGAUCGGCGUCGACGAGUGGCUCCGCGUGCCGUCGGUGGAGGACGUGUUCGCGCUGGGCGACUGCGCCGGGUUCCUGGAAGGGACGGGGCGGGCCGUGCUGCCGGCGCUGGCGCAGGUGGCGGAGCGGGAGGGGAGGUACCUGGCGCGGGUGAUGUCGAGGAUCGCGGCGCAGGAUGGCGGCAGGGCGGGGCGCGCGGUGGGGAGCGCGGAGCUCGGGGAGCCGUUCGUGUACAAGCACAUCGGGAGCAUGGCGUCGGUGGGGAGGUACAAGGCGCUGGUGGACCUGAGGGAGAACAAGGACGCCAGGGGGGUGUCCAUGGCCGGGUUCGUCAGCUGGCUCAUGUGGCGGUCGGCGUACCUGACGAGGGUGGUGAGCUGGAGGAACAGGUUCUACGUGGCGGUCAACUGGGCCACCACGCUCGUGUUCGGCAGGGACAACACCAGGAUCGGCUGAAUUUUUUUGUCGGGAUUUGGCUGGAACGUGUGUUCAGUUCUCUGAAUAAUCCACACGUUCUGGAAGAGAGGGAUUGGAAGAUUCUUUUUUUUUUACUACUUGUUUUCUUAAUUAAAUUUCAUCUAUGUAAGUGAUGAUUUAUUAAUUGUUUUAUACGGUUGAAUAGUAAGCGUCCAUGGAAAAUAUUGGAUGCUUCACCAGUCCACUGCACUCACUCCUCCA